AUGGAAAAUAAAAAUCGUUCACGAUAUAACAAAACAACAUUAUCGACUAUAUUUGGUUAUAAUGAAGAAAAAGGAUAUAUUGUAGUAUGUCAAGUAUUUAUUCCUUUUAUGAUAGCAGCAUUUGGUAUGGCAGUUGCUGGAUUAGUUCUUGAACAUGUUCAGGAAUUAAAUGUAUUUAAAGAAAUAACUGAAAUUUAUAUACUUGUUCCAGCUUUACUUGGUUUAAAAGGAAAUUUAGAAAUGGCAUUAGCAUCACGUUUAUCUACACAAGCUAAUAUUGGAAAUAUAAUUUUAACACAAUUACAAGCUAUUGUUGUUGAUUUUAUUGUUGCUCUUGUAUCACUUGCUAUAGGAUGGGUACCUCAAGGACAUUUUAAUUUACGGCAUGCACUUGUUUUAUGUAAUAGUAGUGUUUCAACAGCAUCAAUUACUUCAUUAGCAUUAGGUGUAGGUGAUAAUUUGGUAGCUGUUCAAGUAAGUCGAUUAUCGACUACAUUUCAUCAACAAGGCAAACCAGGAGAAUUUCAAGAUAUUACACAAUAUCAUGCUUCAAAAAUUUGUCCUAAUUCAUACAAAAUAUUUUGUUCAACAAGAAGUAAUUCAUCAACAACACGUGUUUUAUUAUAUCACGAUUAG